AUGCCUGAACCAGUUCCAUCUAAUAUGCGAGAUAAUGGGGUUGAUGCAGUUUCGAAAGUGAAUCCAACGAAGCUGUCUUGGUCUCUAGUGGUUGGAGUUGUUAGGCUGUAUGAGAUGCAAAACCAGUGGAAUCCGGCUAAGGUUUACAAUGUGGAAAUGGUGUUGCAAGAUGAACGGGGUGAUCGAAUCCAUUACAGCAUACCAAAACAAAAUAUCGCUAUAUUCAAGACUCUUAUUCGAGAACAUGGGCUUUAUUCUAUGAAGAAUUUCAUUGUGAAGGGUUGGGGGAAAGGAGUUAGGACCUGUGGUCACAAGUACAAGUUAAACUUUUAUAUCAAGACGUCAGUGUCACAGCUAACAAACUAUAUUAGCCAUGUUGUAGGUAAAGAGGAUGUAACAAAUAUGGAGACAAAAUCAGAAAGGGAGUGUAAACCUCUAGCGGUCUAUUUGGAGGAUCUGCAGAAGAAUCGGUUGAAGUGUACCCUGUUUGGUGACUUGGUUGACAAAGUUGAAAUUUUUUUAGAUAAAGCUGAUGGUCAGCCCUUGGUGAUGGUGACUCAAUUGUUCAAGCCUCAUUUGUAUUUGAAUGAAAUCAACAUUCAAAAUAGUUUUCAUGUGUCUCAAAUUUAUAUUAAUCCUGACUUUCCUGAUAUUGUUAUAUUUAGAGAUAGCCUGAUGAAGGAAGGAGAUCUAUGCUCACAAGGGAUCACUCACAUUCAAAGUCAGCCACCACAUUCUGUGUCCGAUGAAAUCAACGGGGACCCUAUUAAGUCAGUUGAGGAAAUUCUGAACAUGAGGGAGGAAUCUACAUGUUGGAUGGUUGGCACUAUAGUUUCUAUUGAGCAUGGUGUUCGAGAUUGGUGUUAUGCUUCGUGUGGAUCCUGUCCUAGGAAAGUUCAAGUUAAUAAAAAUAGAACUGGGUGUAUAAAGAUAAUCAUUUGGAACUAUGAGGCUCGGGUCAUGGUUGGUAAAACUGCAAAUGAAAUAAUGGAUGGGAGUAAAUAUGAUCAUGGUGAAUCCUAUCCUAAAGCUCUAAAUGAUAUACUUGAGAAAAAGUUCCUUUUCAAAUUAUCGAUAAGCGAUGAUGAAUCUAUCACAGGACUUCGUAGCUCUCAGUCAUCUUCGAUGGAUACUUCUGGUGUUGAUGAAUCGAUUCUGAGCAGUUUGGCUACAGGUGGUUAA